GCUAAACAUGUAGACUAUGUUGUAGGAGGUGGAAGCAGAUUUAUUGAGAACAGAUAAAACUGUCUUCUAGAAAAUAUACGAUUGAGUCUGAGAAAAUAAAUCCUGUAAAAUACGUACUUAUUUUACAUAAAAAAAAAACAAAUAUACAAGGCAGAGGACAUUUUUUUAUUCGCUGUUAUAAGGAUGCAGUGUAUAAAGUUUUAAUAAUUCUACAUUAAUAGCCCGUAUAAAGUAACGUGACGUCGAUACCAAAACAGCGAUCAUUGUUUCACACUCACGUAUAAACGCGGCUCUUGAGUUCGUCUUAGCAGUGCCAGUGCGGCGGCGGAACACAGAAAACUACUGAAUUCCCUCAAACUUGAGUCGCUACAAAUAGGUCUAAAUCAUGUAUUGGUUAAAGAACACGUUCGUUUAUUUUCUUUUAAUUUCGAUCGUUGUUACCGGAAAACAUAAAAAAGCAAAGCCGAAGAAAUUUGUCCCUCCGAGUUCGAAGGGUAUCCAGUGCUACAACUGUUUAUCGUUUGAUCAUCCUGGUUGCUGGGAUCCUGACCAUCCCGACUAUGCCAAUAUCACAGUCCCCAACAUUGACUGUUAUAUACCAGGGAUGGCAUUUCUUUGCAUCGUUAUCACUUCAGAAUCUGCUAAGCUUGUGGAAACGGGUCAAGAGAUCGGCCCCGUCCGCGCGCGUACUUGCGUACCCGCCAAAGACUUCUCAAAGAAAACAGUAUCAUAUUCCAUGUGCAGUAAGUUAAGUAAGGAACUCUCAGCCUCCGAAAUAUUCUCACGUAUAGCAGUCACCCGACCGCAGUGUUCGCUUUGCAAAAAACAUUUGUGUACCGACGCCGCACGUUGUUAAAUUAGUUUACAUAAUUAAGGAUAUAUUAUUAAGAAAUAUCGGCUGAGAAUUUAUCUAAGCUCUAAAAUUUUAAUGAUCGUUUGAAUGCAUUUAUAAUACCGCUUAUAUGUAGUAUUUUUAAAUAGUCAAUGAUCAAUUGUCUUCACGACUUUGUAAAACGAGCCUUUUCGGGAAGAAAAACAUAAUAUUAUAAUGAAACUUAUUAUAAAUACGUUUUAAUGCGUUUUAAAUUUAUUUUAUAAAAUCGAUCGAAGAUAUUGAAAGAAACUGCUUGUUUUUAAUGUAGCGAUAAUUAUCGAUCGUUUCCAAAUGUUUAUAAUAUCAAUUUAUUAUUUGGCGCUUGCAAUGUUUCGUAUUUUAGAUUAUAAUACAUGGAAAUAUAUCCUUAUUAUCAAACCUUCAUCCCGUCGGCCGAAUUGUUAUCGUUUGUUUGGUUUUCACGUCUUUGUUAUUGUUCGCGCUUACAUAAUGUGUUUAAUAAACUAAGAAAGCAAUUACCACACGAAAUGCAACGAGUUUAAUGUGUUUUUGAAGUGGAUAUUUGUUGAGUUAACGUUUGUUACUCUCGCCGGAGCAGGAAGUUAUUUAUUUUGAAUUUGUUUUUUUUUUUUUUAAUAAAUCAAUUAUUAUUUAUUAAACAUUUAUUACAAUUACUACAUUUCAUAAUUAUUCUUAAUAUGUGAAAUGGUUACAUGAUUCGACUACUAAAUUUAUAUUAUCAUUUUAAAUUGCGUUACAACUAUCUAAUUUCGAGUUUAGUAGUCAAGGAAAUAAAUUACUAUACAUGUCAGGUUUGAGCAACUCGUUUAGAAACGCGUAAAUUUGAUGAGUUUUAUUAAUUUAAUAAAUGUCACACUAUUACGCUUUUCUAUUAAAUUCUAUCUAUUUAUAUUUAAUCCAUCUCCGCCAAAUCGUUCGAGCGCGAAUCAAGGACAAACAUCCAAGCAAACGCAUAAAUUUUAACAUAUAAUUAUAUAUAAGUUUACAAAUGAAAACUAAAUUAUUUUCAAUUUAUGAUAGCAAUAAUCUUAAAGGUAACAUUAGUUAUAAGUAGGGAGAAAAUAUCAACGUAAUAUAGGGAUUAGAACCAUAACGUAAGUUGUAACUAAAUUUAUAUAAAACUUUUUAUCUAAGUAACGAUUUUAAAGAAAGAGUUAGAACCUCAUUGGUAAACUAAAAAAUAAAUAGACUGAAUUUGAAAAACUAUCGAAAGUUAAUUAUAUAAUAUUAAAUAUAUAUUAUUAUCGACAAUUUAAAAAUAUGUAGCUGUACGAGUGAUGUGUAAUCUUCGAUAUUUAUAUACACAAUAUAUAAAUAUUGAAGAAGUUGUCGGUAUUUAGAUUCAAAUAAAUUAUAUCCAUUCAACUGACAUAAGCUCACGCAUAAAUAUUGUUAAGUAAAUCGAGUGAACGGAAGCUAAAUAGUAUGUUUGGUGUUUAUUAUUACAAAGUAAUCGGAGUGAAAAUUCUCGCUCCCUCUCGCACGCUUCCGAGACGAACCAGAAAACAGAUGCGGCAAAACUUUCCGUCGGAGAACUGUAUAUCUGAUCGUGUAGACGUUUCAAUUGUAUAAAUGUUAACGUCAACGUGUAUGUAACUUUUAUAUAUUUCUUAUUCAUAUAUAUAAUAUAUAAAUAAGAAAUUAUUUUUAUGAAAGUGAAAAAAAAAAUACAUUAUA